UCUCGCGAUCCUUGCUAUGGUCACACGCAGGCCGGCUUACGCUUAGGGGCCAAGCAAUCAUUGAGCACGAGAAUCGCCCGUUCCUCAGUUUCUCCCUUCAAGUUCACAUUAAUUGUUGUUCCCCUCCUUCUCCCCUUUUUCUACUAUCCGACGCUGCCGAGUGCUUCCCACUCGCGCCCUCGCUCCCUCACGGUGGACAUUUGUGGUUCGGAAACCAAGAUGUUUACCCCUAACUUGCUGCAUUGGCUCUGUCUUUCUUUUCUGUAUUUGGCCUUUGGGAAAGCAGAUGACGAUCUGCCCUUGACCGCCAUCUCACCUGUCCGUCGGGGGCUUCUCGCGAGCAGACAGGAGCUACCGGAGGGAACGUGUACGUCAGAAAUCCCCUGUGCCAACAAGGCAUGCUGCAACGGGAUCACGGGUAUUUGUGGCUUCGAUCCCGUUGAGCACUGCGGCGCCACUUGCACGUCCAAGUGCGAUUCCAAGGCCGAAUGCGGCAAAUAUGCCGAUCCCCCAGGCAAACUGUGCCCCAUCAAUGUCUGCUGCAGUAAACACGGCUUUUGCGGAACCACAGAUGAAUUCUGCAGCGAUGGAUGCCAGAGCAAAUGCGAGCAGCCUGGGUCUACGAGUCCACACACGACUGAUGUGCGCGAGCUGGUAAUUGGCUACGUCGAGGGCUGGGCCUUCACGCGCCGGGGUUGCUCACAGCGGACGCUCGACGCCAUCAGGAUCGACUCCCUGACCCAUCUGUUCGUCUCGUUUGGAUACAUCACGCCGGACACCUACGAAAUCUACCCGAUGCGCGGUGUCACCGAAGAAAACCUCCUGGCGCUGACCGGCCUCAAGGAGCGCGCCCCAGGGCUCAAGGUGUGGAUUGCGCUCGGAGGAUGGUCCUUCAGCGACAACCACACCGAGACGCAACCGGUAUGGGGCGACCUCGCAAGCACCCCGGUAAAGCGCGAGCGCUUUCUGGAUCAGCUUGAAAAGUUCAUGAUUCACUACGGCUUUGAUGGCGUCGACUAUGACUGGGAGUACCCGGGAGCCGGCGACAGAGGAGGCCACCCGGAGGACGGCCCGAAUUUUGUCUCCCUUCUUGAGGAUACAAGGAGCCGUUUCAGGGCACUCGCGCGGGGAUGGGGCAUCUCGUUCACCGCGCCGUCCUCGUACUGGUAUAUGCAGCACUUUCGGAUCGGGGAGAUGAUGGAACACGUGGAUUUCGUGAACCUCAUGACCUAUGACCUGUUCGGCAGUUGGGACAAGGACUCGGACUGGAUCGGGCCAUACGUCUACGGCCAUACCAACCUCACAGUCAUAAAACAGGCGCUCAAUCUGCUCUGGAGAAACGGUGUGCCAGCAAACCAAGUCAACUUGGGGCUCGGCUUUUAUGGAAGGACCUACGUACUCAAAGACCCGCAUUGCGAUCGGCCAGGCUGCGAGUUCACAGACCCUGGCAGGGCUGGCCAAUGUUCGGGCCAAGGAGGUUACAUGAGCUACCAGGACAUAGCCUGGGUUCGCAAAGAGAGUGGCGCAAUCGUUACCACCGAUCGGGAGAAUGCCAUCAAGUACUUCCGCUACGACGACAACCAGUGGGUUUCGUUUGACGACGAGGAAACACUGAGGUGGAAAGUCGAGUUUGCCAACGAGCAGGGCUUGCGGGGCUUGUUCAUAUGGGCUGUCACGCAAGACACGGCCAACAAUGACCUGCUCGAUGCUGUCCUCCAGCCUGACGGGUUGGGCAAGUUCAGAGAUCGGAACGGCGUCCAUUCGGGUAUCGAUGACUGGGACACAAGGGUACUCGACAGGUGUGUCUUCUCCGACUGCAACGGCGACUGCUACCCGGGCUACCUUGAAGUUGCCCAUAUCCGCUGUGACGCCGAGGGGAGCGUACACCCAAGAAAAAAGCUCUGCUGCCCCUUCGGCUCGGCACCAAAUCCCAACGACUGCAGAUGGAGAUCGGACAAAUGGGGCUUUUGGUGCGGCGUCCCCGGGACAGGUUCCAUCUUCAACAAGUGCGAGGACGGGGAACAACGGGUCAUCAGCGACCAUUGGUUCAUUGACGACCAGGGCAGGGAUGAUGUCUGCUCAACGGGAACCAAUGCCGACUACUGCUGCGCGACGGAACGCGACGCCGUGUGUGAAUGGUCGGGCAAGUGCGCCAGGAAUGGCGCGCCGUCCCCUUGCAAGAGCGGCAUGACAGCAUACAUGAAGGACAACCUUGGCAUUAGAUGGGCCAGCCACUGUGAUCCGUACGCGGGCGAGUGGGAGGUCUUGUGCUGCGAGGACGGCGUGGAGCCCGAUUGCCGCUGGCUCGGCGACCCCAACAACCGAUGCGCGGGAGAAUGCGCUCCCGACGAGGUCAACUUUGGAAGACACCACUUUGGUGGCGGCGAGCAGUGCUAUGACUCGCGUGCGGUGAACGACCGUAAUUUUUACCAGUUCGAAGAAGACAUGCCCGACUACCAGAACGGCAGAGUCAUGUGCUGCAAACGGGACUCGGUCAGGGUCAAGACCAAGCCGCUCCCCGUCCCGCUGGAGAAUCUAUUUGACGAGGAGAUUGGAGCCGACGAGGAGCAGAGCUUUGACAUCGAUGUCGACCUCAACCGAAAAACCGGCGAGAGCAGCCACCCCAACGACAACAGCUUUGGUUGGCACAUCAUGUCGGGCCCGCCCGACCAGCUUCAGAACCUAAAUAAGCGCGACGGCUCCCACUGGGAGGUCUAUGGCUGCGACGCCGAGCUGCACGAGGGACGCCAAUCAGCCCGUCUGGUGUGCACCCGCGACCGGAACUCGGAACACAAUUGCGACGACAUCCUCCUGGGCGGGGUGGAGGACACGGUCCUGGAGAUGCCGCCGCAUUGCGGGCCUGGCAAGUACGCCCUGGCCGUGAGCCUUGAGCCCAUGCACGAUGCCAGCACCGAUAACAUCCUCUCUCCCCGCCUCAAGCGCCGGCUGCCCGUCGGCGCCACCGUCUACAACCUGACGUUCGACUAUGGCUUCCACCGCCUGCGGGGCCGCCAGGACAACAGGGUCAAGCUUCGUAUCGACUACAGCAAUGCCAGACACUACUGGAACCAGAUCGUGGCCGCCAGCCCCAACGAAAAGAGAAGCAUGGAGGACCUCGAGCACAUCGUCAAGCGGGAUCACGACGGCGACUGGAAGCGCUACCUGGAUCACUCGUACAGGAUGGACCGGCGAAACACACCGCCCGAGGAGCUGCACCUGCUUCACGAGCGGUGGUACUCGGCUAACCUGAUCGACUGGAUUGCGAAAAUGAGGAACGUGCAGAUGAACGUCGACGUACUCGACCAGCGUGUGCGAAAGUCGUUCAUCUACACCAUCCUGCACGAGAGGCGAGAUUGUAUGCUUAACGACUUCACCCAACUAAUUUUGGAGGCCGACAUACACGCACGGAUCACGGCAGAUGUCCAGACAUCGGGCGUCUUGACGCUAAUUGGAGAUCUGAAUGACAUGUCCUCAUUCCGACACUCGUAUGUCAACUUCCGCAACAAAGGAGAAAUCAAGGCUUCGCUUGUGUUCGCUGCCCACGGCGAACUGCGCAUUCCAUACAUGGAAGAGACGCUGCUGGGAAUUGCGCCCAUUGGAGCCAGCUUUAAGAUUCCAGGAAUCGUGACCAUCGGGCCAGAGUUCAAGCUCGUUGCCUCGGUCGAAGGAAAGGUCGUUAUCGACGCGGAUGCUCGAGUCGACUUCGAGGUCGCCAGCUGGGAUUACUCCCAGCGAUAUCCUGCCGAGAACGACGAGUUCCUCGACCCGGAGAAGGACGACCCGGACCAUCCGAAAUUCUCCACCUCCAAUGAGGGCGGCGGUCCCGUCGAGUUCAACUGGCAGGUGACGGCCGAGGGCGUCGUCGAGCUGCAUCUUAUCCCCAUGUUGACUUUCGGAGUUGUAUUUGACCCCAAGUGGGAGGUGCCCAGGACUGCGGUCGAUCUUGCUGUCGAUACCUAUCUGCGAAUCCAUGGGUAUGCCGCGGUCGGCAGCCAGCAAGACUUUGAGUACUGCAUCGGAGCUGAGGCAGGAUAUGACACGUUUGCGCAGGUCACAGCUCCAACUCUGUUCGGAGUGAACCUGAAUCGGAGGUGGUCGCUAUUUUCCGACGAGAGGAGCAUCUAUCAAAGCCCUUCUUGCCCAAGCGAAAGUCUCCGGCGCGGAUUGCUUUUGGACGGUCCUUCUGCCGUCAACACGGCCACGCCAGUGGUCAAGCUUGUCGAGGCGAAGCCGGGGUUCACUCCCCUAGAAACUUUCAGCCUCCACUCCUCAUUUUAAGUCAGCUAUUCUUGGUAAUUGAAUUGUUUCCUUGUCACGUUACCUAGGAACAUGUUAUCAAUCUACCAUUGCAGAUCAUAUACCACAGCAUAAUGCGUAGGGAGACGCAAAGGCAGACUGGACUUUUAUUAUCAGUCUGAGCGCCACCAAUCACCGUUCACCGCUUCCGCGGCUGCAAACCGCUCGUACAUGUGUAGACUACAUGGCAAUCAAGCG